AUGUUGCGAGCAAUACCAGCGACAAUAUCGAGUGGAGAAUAUGACACGUUGGUGCGCGAACGUGCCCAUGAAGCGGCCAUUUUCGGAACUGGCCGAGGUCAGCCUCUUGGCACUCUGCCCAGUGAUGAAGGCGGUACUGGUGCCGGGUCAAAGAUCGUAUCCACCAAGGAAGUGGUCAAAGAGAUCAUUCAUCCCAAUGUAAGCGUCUCCUGCGUCGUUAUGACUACUUUGAUUGCUGCUCUCUUGCCACCAAUCCGCCGGUGUCUGUCAAGCCAGGCCUGGCGAUCAUUAAUUCCCGAGGGGAAAGCUCUCAUUGGUGGAACGUGGAGGGCUGGAUCGAGUGGUCAAAUGUUUCCAGUCUACAAUCCUGCAAAUGAAGAAAAGAUUGCUGAUGUGCCAAGUUCCUCCUCAGAGGAAGAUUUGGACAUCGCUAUCGUAGAAGCCGAUGAGGCCCAAAAAUCCUGGUCUACUCUGCCCGCUGGAGUUCGAUCUCGAGUUCUUGAGAAUUGGGCAAACUCACUUGAGUCGAAUACAACUCUACUUGCUCAACUUAUCACGGCUGAAAACGGCAAGGUAGAUACUGAUGCACGAGGCGAAAUCAAUUCAGCAAUUGAAGGGUUGCGAUGGUAUGCUAACGAAGCACGUUGCACUUACGGAAAAAUAAUCCCAUCAACUCAUGUCCACGGUCGUCGUUUGAUGGUCAUUCAUCAGCCUGUUGGUGUUGUAGCCAUGAUUACUCCUUGGAACUUCCCCUUGUCAAUGCUUACUCGAAAAGCUGGCGCUGCUCUUGCUGCUGGCUGCUCUGUUGUAUUGAAACCGUCUGAUGAAACUCCUUUGACUGCCCUCGCAGCUGUCCACCUUGCAACUUCUCCCGACGUUGGUCUUGAUCCUAGACUCCUAAGCAUCCUCCCUGUACCAGCUAAUGAAGCUGAUAAAGUGGGCAAGGUCUUCUGUUCACAUCCCCUUGUUCGUCAGAUUGGCUUCACUGGUUCCACUGCGGUUGGAAUGAGUUAUUUCAGUUCUGCUUCUAUUACUCGUUUGAUGUAA